GUGACGCGGGGCCCUCACGUGACCAGGAGCCUAUGUCUGCCCAAGUCCCUCUCUCCUGGUCCUUUAUGCCUGUCCAGACACCGUCUGCCUACUGCCCUUUGAUCGAGGGGAAAAGCAGAAGGAAGUAAGUCCCCUUGGUCUUCUGAAAUCGAUAAAGACCAUCCUCAACAUGGAAAAAUCCCGCAAAGAAAAUGAACAGCCACAGAGCGCACCCAAGACUGAUGAGGAGCGGCCUCCUGUGGAGCACUCUCCUGAAAAGCAGUCUCCGGAGGAACCGUCUUCCGAGGAGCAGUCGUCGGAGGAAGAGUUCUUUCCUGAGGAGCUCCUUCCCGAGCUCCUUCCCGAGAUGCUCGUGUCCGAAGAGCGCCCUCCUCAGGAGCGCCUUUCUAGAAGGGACCUUUUUGAGGAGCGCCCUCCCAUGGAGCAGCCUCCUUGUGGAGUGGGAAAACAUAAGCUAGAAGAAGGAAGCUUUAAAGAGAGGCUGGCUCGCUCUCGCCCGCAAUUUAGAGGGGACAUACAUGGCAGAAAUUUAAGCAAUGAGGAGAUGAUAAAGGUAGCAGAGGAGAUGGAAGAAAUGAAAAGAGUACGGAACAAACUGAUGGUCAUGCAUUGGAAGGCAAGACGGAACCGUCCUUAUCCUAUUUAAUGUGUUCGGCUUUAAUUCUGUUUUGCCUGAUACAAGUAUUGCCACCUGAACGUUGCUUUUUCUCGUAUACCUUUCCCCAUCUCAUUUUUAACUUUUCGUGUGUCUUUAGUUUAGGUAUUUCACUUGUAACUGGCAUAAAAUUGGGGUUUCCCCACCCACAAGCUGCAAAUCUCCCUUUUUCAAUCAUGAGUCUCUCCCAUUUGCAUGAAAAGAUGUACAUUAUAUAUUGUGAAGUGAAAAAAACGAUUUUCAAAAAGUA